AUGCUGCAAAUGUUUGCCGCAGAGCGUGACUGGCUCCACCUGGUUCUGCUGCUGGGAGUUCUGACCACUGCGGUCUUCACGGCAUUCUCCAUCUAUGUCGUCGCUGCAAGCGAGACCUGCGCAUCGCCGUUCUGCAUUCGGCAAAUAGUGGCGCUAGUUGUGGCCAUUCCCAGCAACUACAUGUUCGUUCAGUUCAUCCGGGAGUACGAUCAAGGCUCACUGGCGGAUCACAUGCAGACGGCCCAGCAAGCUGUGCAAGACCUGGUGAGAGGCUACGAUGCCGAGGUCAAGGAAAUGCGGAAGGUUAUCGAUGACCUGACCGGUACUGCAGCCGCAUUCGCGAUGAGCUGUUUUACAACCAGCCGCGAAGAGUUCGAGAAGUUUCUGAUUGGUACGAAGUACUACCAUACAGAUCUAUAUGUUGACCCAACUGUGCAUCAGCAGUUCAAGCAGUUCGUCCGAAAGUGGCUGGACAUCUAUGCGCAGAGCUUGUUGGAUCCAGAUCCUCUUCGGGAUGGACUUGAUGCAGCUCUGGCCUCAUGCAUCACGGUGGAAGCCACCUGCGACGAGAUUCUUGCUCGCUUGGCCAACACGCGAAUGUCUACGCUGCAACAGCGGAGCCGGGAGCUCAACGAGCAGUGCAUCGCCGGCCAGGAGUUCGUGCAGGAUGCUCUCUGUCUUCUGGACCAUCGGGAGAUUUCUGUGGCAUCGAGCUCUUUCAUGCUGUCCGAUGAUCCGAGCCGCAAGUGUGGCAUUUCCUGGCUUCGCUGCGGUUGCACAAGCCUGGGGCUGUUGGUGGAGAGGACGCGGGACCGAGACUUCGUGUCGGAGUGGCCGCAGACAUUUGGCUUCUGUUGCUUCUCUGUGACAGUGCUCUCAGGGAGGCAUCAGCUGUUCCUGUUCCUCCUUUUCUUCAAUGUGCUCAUGAUCGUCUAUGAGGCCAUAGCUGAACGGCCGUGGCUCAUGGGCGUCUUCAUCGCAAACGAGGUCUGCGUCCUGGCGAUCCUGAUUUGCUUCGAGCAGAUCGAUGAGAUCGCCAAGUUGCAGCGGCAGCAGCAGCGAUACCGAGAAAGACGGGAAAGGCUGGCAGCAAAGGCCAAGAGUGCACGAGAAGACUGGAUGAAGGUGCAGCGGCUCUUCGACCUUUGGAACUACCGCACGCAGCCCUUCCUGAGAAUCAUGGGCAAGCUCCACCGUACUCUGGAGGGCAUGGACAGGGAUGCCUGCAUGCCGCGAUUGAAGGACGCGGGGGCCAGGCGUCCCUCAACGAUUGCUCACGAAGCACAGCGACUACAAUGGCUGCAAGAAACGAACGAGCGCAUCGGCGAACUGGAUGCACGCCUCGAGGGUGUUGAGUGGGCCAGCGAGGAGAUCCAUCUCGCGUAG